AUGCCGCCGCACGGCCGCGCGCUGCUCCGCGCGCCUGCCGCGAGCCCCCGGGCCGCGGCCCCCGCCCGGAAGGCCUCAUCCUUCGCGCCGCGGGGCGCGCCCGUUACGGGCGGCGAGGCGGACGAUUUCGCCGAGUUCAUCCCGAGGGGGGCGGCUGGCCUGCCUCAGCGGGGCGGGCUGCUCCACCGAGUCGGGCGUGCCCGACUACCGCAGCCCCGAGGGGUCCUACUCCAGGGGGCACCGCCCCAUCCGGGGCACGCGGAGUUCGUCGGCAGCCUGGGCCAGCGCAAGCGCUACUGGGCGCGCAGCCUGGCCGGCUGGCGCUUCUUCGACUCGGCGGUGCCCAACGUCGCGCACUGGGCGCUCGCCGAGAUGGAGCGCCACGGGUACGUCCAGGGCGUGGUCACCCAGAAUGUGGACGGGCUCCACCAGAAGGCGGGCACGAGGAACGUGAUCGACCUCCACGGGCGCAACGACGAGGUGGGCUGCCUGGGCUGCGGGCGCCGGCGGCCGCGGCGCGACUUCCAGCAGGAGCUGGAGGUCGUCAACGCCGAGUGGGUGAGCGCCCACCUCCCGUCGGGGCCCUCCGUGGACCUGCGCGCCGACGGGGACGCGCACCUGGCCACCAGCGACUUCGCCGGCUUCGUCGUGCCGCCGUGCUCGGCCUGCGGCGGGAUCUGGAAGCCGACGGUGGUGUUCUUCGGGGGCUCCCUGGAGCCCGCCGUGAAGGCCGCGGCGCUGGCGGCGGUGGAGGGCUCCUCGGGGGUCCUGGUCCUGGGCAGCUCCCUGCAGGUCUUCAGCGCCUUCAGCCUGGUCAAGGCCGCGGCGGAGGCCGGCAAGCCGGUGGUGCUCGUGAACAUUGGCGAGACGAGGGCGGACCCGCUGGUGCCGCCAGAGCGGCGGCUGGCCUGGCGGUGCGGCGCCGCGCUCGCGCGGGCGUGCGAGCUGCUGGGCGUGCCGUUGCGGCCGUCGCCUGCGGAAAGCUGA